AGAGCCGCGUAAUUUUUUAGAUAGAAAUGAUUGUAAAAAUUUAUAAAAUAUUUUAUUCAUGAAAUGAAAAGUAUACCUCGAAUAAGUUUGUUUUUGGAACGCGUAAUUCAAAUAGCAGGCAUGGAACAUGCAUCCUUUCUUGCCAUUAUUCGACGGAUUUUUGUAUAUCUAAAAGAAAUAUUUUCACGGGAAUUCUCACAGUUAUCUCCAGUAUCGAAGCAAGUGAUUGCUGAUUUUGCAGCUUUAUUCAUCGUUUGUGCUGUCGUUAUUGUCAUACUUCUCAUUUCUUCUAAAUUGUCUAAUAAAAAUUAUGACGAAAAUAUUAUUCACACUGAAAUUUUACAACCUGAAAAUUCCCAAGUAAUAAAUUUAACUGAGGAAGCAGGAGAGAAUAAUCAUGAGUCAAUUUACGAUUUAUCAAGAUUCAAUCAUGGAUGGGGUGAUGGUCCUGCUGCUACACCUCAAAAAAGUGCACCACGAAGGAGAAGAGUUAUUCGUCAAAAACCAAGACCAUAUUGUAUUCCAAAUGGAGGUAAUACUUCAAGACAUUCAGGAUUUAGCGUAAAAUUAACACAAUCUCAACAUUCCCAAAGUUCUCAAAGAAAAAAUAGAACACAAACAUCGUUAAGUAGUAGUCAGACGUGGCUGAUCAGACGAACUAGAAGUGGACAAAUUUAUGGAAAAUAUCCUAUUUGAUACUCCCCUCAACCCAAAGUCAUAUUUUGAAAAUAAAUUGAAGAAAAUAUUCAAUUACACAAGAAUUAAUGAGUAAAUGUCAAUAGAUUUUUUACUUUCUAACAAACAAAUUUUAAAAUCCCUGACCAGUUCAACAUGAAUUAAAAACUCAGCUUCAUGCAUCGUAUUAUUGACCUUUUGAAAUAUCUUCCAAGAUAAUUUUCAUAAAUAAAUGACUACUACGUAAUUCAAUUUAUAUGCGCAUUAUGACGUUGGAAAAAAAGAGAUAAGAUAAAAAUUAAAUCUCAGAGAGUUCAUGCUCUCAAUUUAUCAAUUAUUAUUAAUAAGGAGGAAGUAAAAUAAUCAUUGGUGUAAUAAAUGUUGUGAAGUAUAGUCUGGGAUAAUGGACUUGUUUAUUU